CAUAAUGCGCCUGGUUUCAGCCUCAUCCUCUCCUGUCUUCGGGUUAAUCCUAUCAGCGGUGGUCAGCGGGGCUCACCGCCUAUAUGUGUGGGAGGCAAAGAAACUCCGAUUAUUAUUAUUUUUGUCUGUUUUUGCUGACUGAGGCCACACUUUAAACACAUUUAAAGUCUUGACGUUCCUGCAGCUUUUCUGCUUUAAACUGCGUCCUCUGCACGCCGUGUGUACGCGUACAGUGCGUGCAGGGCCAUAUAUGUAGCUGACGGACGUGUAUCAGGCUGGAUUAGAGGGAAAGGUAAGCGCGUCUCUCCCUGUCGGGGCGGAUUUCCAUCCCUGUGCUACUCCGCUCGGCGCACCGAACUGGUUUGAAUCACCGCUGCUGUCUCCUCUCAUCCGUCUCCUCCUCUCAGUAUCCCGGCAGCCUCGUGUUUGUGUGUGUGCGAAGCAGAGCGUGUCUUUUUUUUUUUUAUGUGCGUGGGCAUUUUAUUGGUCUCUCACACUCUGGUGUGCGAUGCCAUUCCUCCCACAGGAACCUGAGCGCCUCGAUGGGUUGUCUCUACUUUACUGGACAAUCAUGGGCCCCCACGGCAUCAACCGAGCUGUCCAGAGGCUGGAGUUCUCCGACUGCAGGAAAGGACUCGGAGUCAAAAUAAUCGGAGGCUACAGGGAGCUGACAUGUGAAGACUUUGGGAUCUACAUCAAGCGUGUGAUAGUUGGUGGCUUAGCUGCUCUGGACGGUCGGCUUAAGUCAGGUGACCUGAUUCUGGAUGUCAAUAACAUCAGCCUGAUAAGAGUCACCAAUGAGAGGGCGGUGGAGAUCCUGAGGAGUGCCUCACUCUCUAAUCACAUGUCGCUGUUGAUUGCCAGAGAUGAUAAAUCCAGGAGGGAGUUUGCUGAGCUGAUGGAGAAGUAUGGCUCCAAUAAUGUCACAGCAUCAGGAAGAAUCUCCCCAACGCAGCUGUCCACGGGGAAGCCAACAGACACAGCCUCCUCCUCCUCUUCCUCCCGGUCAGAGAGCCCACAGCUUCUUAGUCCUAAAGAGGGAAUCACCGCCUACAGCCACACUCCACAUUACACCACCACCCCUGCAUACACCAUGCAUACGCCAGUACACGCCUUCAGUGACAGCGUCAUUCAGUUGAUAUGUGUCGCCAAGGGAACAGGCCUGGGACUUGUCGUCAAGGGAGGAACCAACCGAGCUGAAGGACCAAUGGUGUUCAUUCAGGAAAUAGUGCCUGGAGGAGACUGCCAGAAGGAUGGCCGGCUGCAGGUGGGAGACCAGCUGGUGUCCAUCAACAAGGAAUCUCUGAUCGGAGUGACGUACGAGGAGGUCAGGAGCACCCUGACUCGCACCAAACUCAGACCAGACCCCACAGUAGAGAUCGCCUUCAUCAGACGGAGGUCGUCGUCAAGCUCUAGCAGUGGUUCCCACAGCCCUGUCUGUCUGCAGGGGUGUGGCGGUGGAGCCGGGCCCCAGACGAAGGCCCCCGGGAUGAGUUCCGCGGCUCCACAGCCAGUUAUGGUCACAAAGAUCACUUCCAGCAGGAACCCCACCUGCGACACGCUGCCACCGGUCAACGUCACCCAGGUGCGAGUUUCUCCAGGCAGAACGGAGCAGACGGGGGUGUCCUCAGCACAGCAGAGUGACAGUAGCGUCGACACAAACCCCAAUUCUGGGAGCAGUCAGGCCCCUCAAAGGAAAUGUUCACUCAGUUCCAGCUGUCGAUUCAAAUUGGAGAGACUGGAACAGGCUCUGGAUCUAAUCGGUCUGAAGCCCACAGAUGCUCAGCGACAGGCGCUUAGGUCCAGAUUACGAGCUGAUCUGACUGGAACGGUGGCCUUCACAGACUUUGAGAGCCUGAUCCGAGAACUGUUCAAGCCUCAGCUGGAGGAACUGUUCGGCACUCAUUCAAGCUCCAGGUUCAUGUCAGACGACUUCUCCAGCCUGCUGGAGUCUCCCACCGAUCCACCGCCGUCACUGUCAGACUCAGACGACCUUGAGGAGAUGGAGAAGUUGAGGAAAGAGCACAUUGAGGCUCUGAGGGAGAUCAAGACUCUGCAGGAGCAGCUUGUUGAGUCUCAGAGAGUCCACCAUGAGCUGGAGGGCGAGCUCACUAAAGUCAAACAGGAGGCCAAAGUUGGAGCAGAAGAGAGUCGGACUCUGAGGACCCGGAUCCAGCUGGCUGAGGAGGCCCAAAAGCAGGCCAGGGGGAUGGAGAUGGACUAUGAGGAAGUCAUCCACCUGCUGGAGGCCGAAAUCGCUGAGCUGAAGACUCAAAGGGUGGAGCAUCCUGCAGUGACCAAGAAGGAGGAAACAGAGGAGCUGAAGAAGAAGGUGGCUGUACUGGAGUGUCAGCUACGGAAGAGUGAAGCGGCCAAAAAGGGCUUAGAGAUGUCAACAGGAAAGCUACUAAGUUUUGUGGAGAACAUUCAGGAGUUUUUGCUGGAAAGUCAUGGACCCAUAAAGAGCUACAGCUCUGGAGAUGUUAAAGCAAGCUCAUCAUCUCACGGAGUUCCUCCUCGCUACAGGAAAAGUCCAUGGACGGCAGCUACGCUUGCCCAGGAAGCAAAAGAGCUCACACGGUCCGUCAGAGCCAUCUUAGAGGUGGACUUGCUGACCUUCUAGAGAAGCACCUGCUGCAGGAGACCAAAGUCUGCAAGGCAUCAGCCGGACAUCAACAGCCUCAUCCGGUCGUCUUCAGUGUCGUCCCUAACGCUCCUCAUCUCCUCACCUCCUGCUAAGGGACUCCUGCAGCAAACCUGCAUGACACCUGUUUGUUAUGGCGAAGCUGAGCGUCUGCAUCUGCAUCUCAGCAUUUAUACCUGCACAGAGCUUUGAAACAGAAACUGUGCAGAACAUUCCUGCAGGCUAAUAUGCUGGAAAAACUGAUGGAUGAUAUGAAUGUUUCAAAGCUUGACCCACUCAUCGUCAGUUACACUGUGAUCAGAGAUCAAUCUGAAGUGAUCGGCACGUGGAACUCCUGUAAUAUUGGUGUAGACUUAACUCUGACCCAUAUUCUGUAUCAGUAAGCACCAUCAUCGAUCUAUAGAGAUCAGAAACUUCAACAUCACAGUUAAAUGGUUGCCGCAUUCUGUAGCUACUGCUCCAUCCAGAAUCCAUACAUGUAGAAUCCAAGUUUCUGUAGCUUUCUGUCACUGUUAACAGCUCCGUGUUUAGCUUUGUGUCUUAGAAGCUGAACUCUCGUGUUUGUGCAGUAGAUUAGCCAAGAAAAUGAAGCAUCAAGAGAAAACCAGCUCACCCAAUUUACCCAUGGACACCAGGAGGGAGUUAUCAGCUGUUUGUUCCUUUCAGAGUAAAUCUUAAGAUUCAGGUCAUGGAUCAUUAGUUGUUCUUUGUACCCAAAAUCAGCUUUGUGAAGCUGCUGCUCUGUUUGACCAGCUGGGUUGUGAUUGAUACAAUCAAAUAAAUAAAUAUUUUGGUUUGAAAAA